AUGGCCAGAGAGAGGAGUAGACCCAACAAAGGAACCAAGAAAGCCGACUCUACCGUCGGCGGCCCACCAACUCUCGGGAGGGUCCUGUCCGAACACAGCCCCCCGUCCAAUGCACUUAUGCACUGUCGGAGACCUUUUGCUAUGGGAACCUUCAACGCAUGCACAGCGAGAGAAGAAGCGAGGUUGAUAGAACUUGCACGCUGUGCAGAGGAAAGGGGAGUGGAGAUCCUGGGGGUCCAAGAGCACAGGAGAGUGCACACUGAUUACCCCAUCCUGUACUGCAGAGUGGAGAGAUGCAUGUUCAUUUCUGCAUCUGCUUGGAGGAACGAGGCCCAGGCCGCAACAGGUGGUGCAGGGUUAAUGCUGGGCCAACGGGCACGUAAGGCUUUCCGUCGGGUUUACCACCACACCAACAGGAUUCUGAGCGCUGACUUCUCGGGCAACCCAGUAACAACAGUCAUAGUUGUGUACUCACCCACCAACGUGGCACCAUCUGACGUGGUGGAGAAGUUCUUUGAGGACCUUGUAAGAGCGGUCCGUGGCGUCCCAGCGUGCAACUUCCUGGCAAUCCUUGGGGACUUCAAUGCAAGGCUUGGGCCAGAGGAUGCACCCUUCCUUUACCAUGACUCUACCAACCGCAACGGCACCUACCUCACUGCCUUCCUCAUGGAACACGAGCUACGGGCGGCGAAUACCAUCUUCCCGAAGAGAACAGGAAAGAGGUGGACCUUCCGAGACCGAGCCUCAGGAACACUACGGCAGCUAAAUUACAUCCUAGUGAGGAAGAAAUGGAGGAACUCCAUCCUGAAUGCUGAGCCAUACAGCACUUGUAGUUCUGUGGGCUCAGACCACCGUGUGGUCUCAAUGAGAGUUUGCCUGAGCCUCAGGGUCCCCAAACCAAGUACCAAGAUCCAGGAUAGCUGGAAAGCCUUCUCAGGUGACCCUGGCCUUCAAACCAGAUACACAGAGGAGGUGAGGAGACGAUUCCAGUAG